AUGCUCACCACGGCACCGCGCCUGCACAUACGGCGACCCUCGCCCACAACGACCGAGUUCACCGUCUCGACGCUGCCGCCGCAGACGGUACCGCUCCGCCUCCUGCUCGGCCUCGUCCACGCGGCGCGCGUGGUUCUGAGCCUCUCGACCCUCCUCGUGCUCUACGCCGCCUGGUCGCUCUCGCCGUACGGCACGGUGCGGCCGGGAGCGGCCCUCGCCCGGCCCGCCGAGCUCGUCUCCUUUGACCUGAUCCUGUACCUGCUGCACGGGUGCCUGACGGCGACGGGGGCCGGGGGCCGGCUCGCCGUGGCCGUCGCGGCCUCGACGCCGACCUGGGCGCUGCUGCCGGGCUGCGCCCUCGCCCUGUACGCCGCGGUCCGCCGGCUGCACACGUCCGAGUCCCUGCUCGUGCUGCGCGGCCUGGGCAUCCAGACGUCGAGCUCGGGACACACGGUCCUCGGCGGCCCCGCCACGCGCUUCAUCCCCACGGAAAAGAUCCGCGACGUGCUCAUCAACGAGGCCUUUCUCGGCUUCGAGGUCCGCUACUAUCUGGCCGUGGUUGUCGAGGGUGAAGACGAGGUCGUGGUCGUGUUCCCCAAGCUCCUGCCGCGCCGCGAUGUGGUUGAGCGUGUGUGGAGAGCUGUUCGCAGUUGUCUGUUCGAGGUUCGUCAGAAGAAGCUUGUCCAAAGCCAUGGCCAUAAUAGCAAGACGAGAAAUGGAGUGGCCUGA